AGUCCUCUUGACACCUUAGGUGAGUAGUGGGGCUGACACAUUAAUGAAAAGCCAUGGAGAACAAGGCAGAGAUGCAAGAAGCGAUUAAAAUCCAAGGGGAAGUCGUUCGGAAGUUAAAGUCCGAGAAGGCGAGUAAAGAUCAGUGCUAGGGUUGCUUACUCCUUUUCUCCUGUUCUCCCUGCUGACCAUCAAUGACCUCGACCUGCCUCACCCGUCAUCAUCUACCUCGCUCUCUGGUGAAUCCAACCCUCCUGGAAUCAUUGCUCAACACUCUUCCUGGUUCUACUUCUGACACUUUUGAUUGGCUGCUGUGGCUGGCCAUUACUACUGGACAUGGUUGUACCCAUGAUGCACUCCUGAAUUUUUGCCUGUCGAACUCCUGGACCUGUAUUUUUUUAUUUGUCCGCUGAACAUGCUGGGCAUGUUUUGUGUUCGUACUUGUUCUGGUCUGAUGGGCCUUCUGGCUGCACCGCGUGUCCGAUCACUGCAUUCUUUGCCUGGGAUCACUGUGGCUCAGAUUGAUGAAGAGGUAGCCAAACUGCUGGAGCUCAAGGCCCAGAUAGGAGGAGACAAUGUCAAACAUCAGUUUGUCCUCAAGACUGCAAAGGGAACCAGGGACUAUAACCCCAAGCAGAUGGCUAUCAGAGAGAGAGUCUUCAGCACUAUCAUUGGCUGCUUCAAACGCCACGGAGCAGAAACCAUUGACACACCUGUUUUUGAGCUGAAGGAAACGUUGACGGGAAAAUAUGGAGAAGAUUCCAAGCUGAUCUAUGACCUGAAAGACCAAGGAGGCGAGCUGCUGUCUCUCAGAUAUGACCUUACCGUGCCUUUUGCCCGCUACCUGGCAAUGAACAAGAUAACCAACAUCAAACGAUACCACAUCGCUAAGGUCUACCGCCGCGACAACCCGGCCAUGACCCGCGGCCGCUACCGGGAGUUCUACCAGUGUGACUUUGACAUCGCAGGGCAGUAUGACGCCAUGAUUCCUGAUGCAGAGUGUCUGAAGAUUGUCCAUGACAUCCUUAGUGAGCUGGACCUGGGAGACUUCCAGAUCAAGGUCAACGACAGACGCAUUCUUGAUGGGAUGUUUGCUGUGUGUGGUGUGCCAGAUGACAAGUUCCGCACCAUCUGUUCAACAGUGGAUAAACUGGACAAGAUGCCCUGGGAGGACGUGAGAAGGGAGAUGGUGAAUGAGAAGGGCCUGUCAGAGGAGGCAGCCGACCAGAUUGGGGAGUACGUCAGUUUAAAAGGUGGAAUGGAGUUGGCAGAGCGCCUCCUCCAGGACCACAAGAUGUGCACGAGCAAGCAGGCCUGUGCCGGCCUGUCCGACAUCAAGCUGCUCUUCAGCUACCUGCAGCUCUUCCAGGUCACAGACAAGGUGGUGUUUGACCUCAGUCUGGCUCGGGGUCUGGACUACUACACAGGGAUCAUUUAUGAGGGUGUGCUGACUCAGGCGGGUGUGGCCCCCGGCUCCAUUGAAGCCCAAAAUGGGGUCCCUGCAGAGGAGAGUGUGAGCGUCGGCAGCGUGGCCGGCGGCGGUCGGUACGACGGCCUGGUGGGCAUGUUUGACCCCAAGGGCAGGAAGGUGCCAUGUGUGGGCGUCAGCAUCGGCAUUGAGAGGAUCUUCUCCAUCCUGGAGCAGAAGGCGGAGGCCUCAACAGAGAAGGUCCGUACCACGGAGGUUCAGGUCAUGGUGGCGUCGGCUCAGAAGAACCUGCUGGAGGACAGACUCCGACUUCUCACCGAGCUCUGGAAUGCUGGCAUCAAGGCUGAGGUGAUGUACAAGAAAAACCCCAAACUGCUGAGUCAGCUGCAGCACUGCGAGGAGUCCGGGAUCCCCUUGGUAGCCAUCCUGGGAGAACAGGAGCUCAAGGAUGGAGUGGUGAAGCUCCGUGUUGUGGCAUCCAGAGAGGAGGUGGACGUCUCUAGAGCAGCUCUUAUCGAUGAGAUCCGGAGAAGGACCUCUCAGGUCUAGACUCUGCAGAGCUCCACAAAAUAGCAUGAGGAGCUUUGUGUCAGAGAAAAACCAUCGAGAUGGAUUUGUUGCAGAAAUGAGUUCUGAACGUUCCUGCUUUUAGUGUCAACUUUGUUUAAUAGUGAGGAAGAACGCAUUGAUGUUAACUAUUAGUUACCAACAAGUCCCAGUUUCUAAUUAUCCAUAAAGCUGCUGUUAAAAAAACACAUCUUUCAUCUGAUACUCAUUCGGCCUACGAUGCCAUUCUGUUCCGUACAUUUACUUGUAGGCUGAUAUACAUGCUUUGAUGCCACAUGGGAACUUGAACUCUACUUGUAUUGAAGUUGACUGUCCUGUGUGUGUGAAAUAAACCCAUCCUUCUGCUCAA